AUGACUUCCAAACUUUGCGAUGACUGCAGUAAGCUGAUUGCAGAGAUACGCCCUGCUGGCGGCAAGCAGGGAACGCACGAGAUAACCAGUACCAAGCAUAACUUUCACAUUAAUUCGCAGAACGGAUGCGCUAUGUGCACUCAUAUGUUGCUCGGUUUUGAUCAUCACGAAAACAGCAUUAUCCUGACUGCUAGUCAGGAUAUUCGUACGAGUUAUCCCCGCUCAUCUUUUGACUUCCGACUGGUCAAUGGAUUCUUAGAGAAUGCCGAGUUAUUAUUUUCCUACAAAUAUGGCCGGGAUUCGUUGGACGAUGGUAUGAGACAAGGAAAACGAGAACUGGUUUCCAAAAGUUAUGCGAUUCAUCCGCUUGUCAGGAACAAGCUCGUGUUAGAUGAUCUUGUAAUAGGUGGAACGAAUUCACAUGCCCAGUUUGAUCUCCACAGGAUGGAAAUUAGUCACGACAAAAGUACUGGUUCCGGAAAAACCAAGGAAUUGAUAAAAGGAUGGUUAUCAGAAUGCUCUGCCGGACAUAAGAACUGCAAUAUGGAGCCAGUAUUUGGGAUGCAGAAUCCAACACGAUUAAUAUACGUUGGAACUGAGAAAGAACCCGUUGCGCGUCUGCUUAAUGGCGCCAACUCUCCAGAGUCUCUAGUAUACGCGACUCUGAGCCAUUGUUGGGGAAAAGUCGUGCCUUUCAGACUUCUAAUUUCUAACAUCGAAGAAUUGAAGCACGAAAUACCAUUUGAUGAGCUAUCCAGAACAUUUCGGGAGGCUAUACAGGUCACAAGGAAACUUUCUGUCCGGUAUCUUUGGAUUGAUUCUCUGUGCAUAAUUCAAGACUCGAAAAUUGAUUGGCUAAUGGAAUCUACCUUGAUGGAUAGCGUGUACUCGAAUGCUAUCUUCAAUAUUGCCGCUACUUCAGCUAAAAAUGGUCACGAGGGUCUGUAUCGUGAGAGAAGGCUGCAAGACGUUGAAUUGUGCAAAUUUGAAGCAGAAUGGACUCCAACACCAGGAAUCAACACGCUACUGUCCCGGAAACUGUGGCAGACUCAGAUUGAAGAGUCACCACUCCGGAAAAGAAGUUGGGUUCUACAGGAAAUGUACUUAUCUCGCCGAAACAUUCAUUUCGGCAAGACACAAGUAUUUUGGGAAUGCAGGGAAGCUUCUGCAUGUGAAAUGCUUCCCACGGGAUGCUCAUAUUUCGUGGAUAACUCCUCAAAAUUGUCCCCUUUCAAAUAUAACACGCCUAUAGACCGCGAGUCCUCAUCAUUUGAGAUAUUCCAAGCAAUGGUAGAUUGGGACAAGAUUGUUCUCACCUACACCAGAAGCUCGCUGACUUUUGGCGACGACAAAUUGGUUGCAAUAUCAGCAUUGGCCAGAUACUGGCAAAGACAGUGGAAAGAGCCUGUAAAGUACUAUGCGGGCAUAUGGGAUAUUGCUCUUUUGCAUCAACUUAUGUGGACAGCGGCAGUGGGAAGUUUGAAUCCGAAAGAUGGAUUAACACGGUUAGCUAGGCAGAAAGGUUACAGAGCUCCGACGUGGUCAUGGGCUUCAGUCGAUGGGCCGAUCAAGAUAAGCAGCUAUUCUGGAACUCCAUUAGCUCCUCCUAACUAUUCGCUGCUGGUGGACACGCCACAGAUUGAGAUCGACUUGGUUUCCGACGACCAAUUUGGUCAAGUGAGAGGCGGGCGAUUGAAGAUAUCUAGUCGGCUUGCACAUUCGGUCUCGGUACACAAUCGUGGUAAACCAGUAUCUUACAAGUUAGGCUCAAGUGGAAUACCUAUACCCGGGGGCACAUGGUUACUCCCAGACGUGGUGUUAGCAGAUGAUGAUAUGAAAAGUAAAACUCUGGUUCUCAUGCCCCUCAUGUCCAAGUCUCACAUCAAUCUCCCCAAAAAAGAAGAAUUCAACACUACUUUUGGAUUACUACUUCAACGAGUAGAGGAUAAAGUGGGAACCUUCGAGCGGUUUGGUAUUUUUGACUUGAGGAAGGGAUCUGACGCUGACCAGGUUCUGUUCGAAGAAGCACUUGUUGAUUUUGACCUGCAUGCAAAUCAGAGUGGGCUUUCAUACACAGUUGAUAAGAAUAACAAAAAGAGGUAUGAUGUAGUUAUAAUUUGA